GCGUGCGUGUGUGUGUGUGUGUGUGGAGGGGGAAAACAUUGGGUAACGUGACUCAUACUGGAUCUGGUUUGGCAGGAUUUCUAAGAUGGAAGCAGAGAGGAGAGCAUAGAAAGGCUGAAAGCAAUAUAAUAGACUGACAAUAGUAGCCCGUAUACUGUUCAAUCGUUUUCUGUGAACUUCUGUGGAUCUACUUGGAUCGCCUAACUGUCUAGCUGUCUUCCCACCCAGGCACUGUUUACAGGGUGUUGGUGGAGAUAAGCAAGGGCUCGUCAGGCAGCAGCGAUGAACUGGUCCGGCCUGGAGAGCCUGAUCAGCGGGGUUAACAAGUACUCCACCGUGUUCGGCCGCUUGUGGCUGUCCAUGGUCUUUGUGUUUCGGGUCAUGGUCUUUGUGGUUGCAGCUCAAAGAGUUUGGGGUGACGAAAACAAAGAUUUUGUCUGUAAUACGAAACAGCCGGGCUGUACCAACGUGUGCUAUGACAGCAUCUUCCCCAUCUCCCACAUCCGUCUGUGGGCCCUGCAACUGAUCUUCGUCACCUGCCCGUCCCUCAUGGUGGUGGCCCACGUGAAGCUGCGCGAGGAAAAGGACCUUAAGUACACCGUACUGCACGAGGGCUCCCACCUGUACAGCAACCCGGGCAAGAAGAGGGGGGGGCUGUGGUGGACCUACCUGCUGAGUCUGGUCUUCAAGGCAGGCUUCGACGCCUCGUUUCUCUACGUUUUGUAUCGGAUAUACCACGGAUAUGACAUGCCCAGGUUGUCCAAGUGCUCCCUGGAUCCCUGCCCCAACACCGUGGACUGCUUCAUCAGCCGUCCCACAGAGAAGAAGAUCUUCACCCUGUUCAUGGUAGUCACCAGCGCCAUCUGCAUCUUGAUGUGCUUGUGUGAGAUGUUGUACCUCAUUGGCAAACGGAUUCAGAAAGCCCUCAGGGUUCAGAACUCCAUUAACAGGCUCCUAUUCGCCGAGCGGCACGAGAUCAAAAACCUGGUCCCGCCCAGAUCACAAACCCGCCGCCACUAUUCCCCUCAGAGCAAAAGUUUAAGCAAGAUGGACAAAGCCAAGGAGACCACGACAACCCUGUAGAGGACUCAAAAAACAUUGUCCUGCACUCCAUGAAAGUACAAUUAUAAUAAAGCAGCUACAGUUGAUGGACUGUAAGUCAAAUAUAUAUACUAGGAUUAGACAAUCCUAGUAAUCCUACAUCAAAGAUAUGAUGGCCAAAUGAAUCAUACGGAUAGUUGUUAUGGGGAAAGGUGAUGGGACUGGUUUUUGACAUGUAUUCAUGCUAUUUUAGACAACGAUGGAAGUUUAAUGCACUGAUGUUCAGCAUCUGUCGGCCAAUUGCAACCAAACACCAGCCCUGUUCUGACCUUGAAACCAACCAAAGACACCAACCCAAGACUGGAGGAGAAAUCAAGCAUUUCUAAAUGGAGUUUCAACUUCCUGAUGGACCAAUGUGUAUUGGGGACAAUUCUCAACCUAAGGAAUACAAUAUAUCGCCAUCUAGGAGCCGUUUCACACCACAUCAUCCAUGCAAAAAAUAUAUAUUUUGCUGUGCUUGCAAAAUGUCUUGCCAGAAUACAUAAUUAGUCAUGUAUAUAAGAUAAAGUAAAAGAAAAUCAACAAUACCAAAGAAAAUAUAAAUUAUUAUAGUCAGUAUACACUUGGUUAUUCGGAACGCAGGCAAACCAUCCUGACUCAUGCACCAUAAUAUUUUCUUUGUUUGAUUUUGGGAGAGUAGGUGGGCAUACAUUUUUGUUAAAUAUCUAUUUUUCUUGGUAGUUUUGUUCAGUUUUUAAUUGUCCUUUCAAAUAACACAGGAGAUGCAUACAGUACAAUUCUUUGGAACCGGAUUUGAACUGUAAGGAAUAACAUCAGUCAACCAACCCCCAACAUGCUGCUCCCAUCGAAACAUUUAUUUUUGCCAGACUUUACCAAAAGUUAUAAAUGAUUCUUCAAUAAUAACAAUAAUUCAUGAA